AGAAUACCUAGUGACGACAUCUUAUGAUAAAACACACCUAUUUCAGCAAAUAUUCACCAUUUUGCCCACGACGACUCGUCACGUACUGCGACCACUACUUACCUUACGGCACCUGUCCCAUCGGCCUGUUCUUCGUACACGCCGUCCUAUCGGACUUGGAUCCAUCGUCACCAUGAGCGAGACUACCCAUGCCACCAUCCAAGAUGGAUGGUUCCGUGAGAUUUCUGACAUGUGGCCUGGCCAGGCCAUGACCCUCAAGGUCAAGAAGGUCGUUCACCACGAGAAGAGCAAGUACCAGGAUGUGCUCAUCUUCGAGUCGACCGACUACGGCAUGGUCCUGGUCCUCGACAAUGUCAUCCAGUGCACCGAGCGCGACGAGUUCUCCUACCAGGAGAUGAUCACUCACCUCGCCAUGAACUCCCACCCCAACCCCAAGAAGGUUCUUGUCAUUGGCGGCGGUGACGGCGGUGUCCUGCGCGAGGUCGUCAAGCAUGAGUGCGUUGAGGAGGCCAUCCUCUGCGACAUUGACGAGGCCGUCAUCCGUCUCUCCAAGCAGUAUCUCCCCGGCAUGGCUGUCGGCUUUGAGCACCCCAAGUCCAAGGUCCACAUCGGCGAUGGCUUCAAGUUCCUCGACGACUAUAAGAACACUUUCGACGUCAUCAUCACCGACUCGUCUGACCCGGAGGGCCCUGCCGAGAGCCUUUUCCAGAAGCCCUACUUCCAACUCCUGCACGACGCCCUGCGGGACGGCGGCGUCAUCACCACUCAAGCUGAGAACCAGUGGCUCCACCUUUCCCUGAUCGCUCAACUCAAGAAGGACUGCAAGGAGAUUUUCCCCGUGGCCGAGUAUGCCUACACCACGAUCCCGACCUACCCCAGCGGCCAGAUUGGCUUCAUGGUCUGCUGCAAGGACCCCAACCGCGACGUCAAGGUGCCGGUGCGCUCCUGGACCCCGGAGGAGGAGGAGAAGCACUGCAGGUACUACAACUCGGAGAUCCACAAGGCCAGCUUCGUCCUGCCCAACUUCGCCAAGAAGGCGCUGCAAUAGAUCCCGAGGGAGGUUAUCUCCGAUGUCUGAGAUGGCCACGGCAGAGUCGGCAGGAGGGAGAAGGAGGCGGACGAGCAGGAGGCGGCAGUGCGGGUCCUUACGAGGGAUGAGACCCGAUGAUAGAAUGACCAAGGACAUGAAUGAGAACUGAAAACAAGGUGGAUGAGGUCGAAUGGUUGGAAAAAUAAAACGAAACACCAACGCCAAGAGGCGGCAAUACUCUUCGCGUUAAAACUUCUCUGUCAUGUGUGUUGGUGAUGUCUUCUUUCGAUUCCCCCCCGGUCGACGCGGUGCUGGACACCAGUCAUAAAGAGUCACCAUGUAUACAGGCAACUCACAUCUCAACGAAGGCUGCAAGCAUAGUAUUCUGGUGUUGAGUGGGUAUGUUUUCUCCAGUCAACUGACAAGAGAAAAGGAGAUGCGUGUCCAGAUUCGCAAUUUCCUAAAUCAGAAGUAAUAGAU